AUGAUCGUCGACAGAGAACACUUCGCGACGGGCGAGCUACGCGAGAUUAGGAAACGUGAAGACCGGCCGUGCGAAGACGGCAACGAAGGGAAAUAUCAUGUAAUGGGUGCGCGACGGAGGAAGACGACAGGCUCAGGAUGCAUACCUCAUGGUCGCCAUUCUGCGUUCGCAGUUCACAAAUUUCAAGUCCUGCACCUCCGCCCAACGAUGCGCCAGCGUUAUUUCAAACGUCAAAUACCGAAUGGACCUGUGCUUGCGCGCACAGUAUUAUGGCGUACCCGGCACUUGCUCCCGAUCGGCAAAGUUCAUGAGCGAAUUGAGCGCGAACUUACCGUAAGGAGUGAUGCCAAUCAUCACAGCAUUUCAGAUAGCCCGAGGAGAGCCGGGUCAAUUCAGCUAGGCUGGAUGUCUAUGAUAUCAUCUGGGGCCACCGGGAGUGCAACAAGGACACUUGAGUCUGCUCCGAUGCAGCUUGGUGCGCAGCCACAGAUAUUGUCCGAGAUGCUCAUUUCAACGGAUCGGAAUGAGGUUGCAGAGCAGGUCGUGAUAGUAGGAACUUGGUUGAGACAUCGCCGGUGUGGACUUGGUGCAGGAACAUGGAUGCAGCUACCCAUGCUACGCAAGGUCGACCGCGUAGAAUGGCGAGCGAGGCAUAUGAUCAUGCUCUCCGACGCGUAUCUCAAUCUCUUCAGCAGGUCUUGA